AUGUCAAAUGUAAAUGAAGAAGGUAGUAAGAAUAAUAAUUUAGUAGAUAAUAGUAAAAUAAUAAUAGUUCCCAAUCAAAAAGAAUCUUCUGAUAAUAAAACUAAAAAGAAAAAGAAAAAUAAGAAUAAAAAAAGUGGAAAUGAUGAGAAUAGGAAAUACUCCACUGAUAAAAGUAUUAUUAAUAUUACAAAAAAUAUAAAGGAUGAAAUUAAGGAUAAUUUAGUAUUAGAUACAAUAAAUAAUAUUAAAAAUGAAGAAACAAAUAAGGAUCAAAUAGAAACUUCACAAAUAGUACAAAGUAAUAAAAGUAAACUAGUUCGUCUUUUACCAGUAAUUUUUAUAUUUAUUUUACUAUUAGGAAUAUAUCUAAUAUAUAUAAUGUAUCACUGUUUGCCAUUAAUAUAUAAAGAUUAUAAAAAAGUUUAUAUAAAUUAUGAUUUUAAAAGGGGAUUAAUUGAGAUAAUUAUUUUUCAUUUUUUUUUGAUAAUGUAUUUGAUAAAUUAUAUAUUAUCAAUUAUAAUACCACCUGGAUCUAUACCUAAUACAGAAGAGUGGGCAUUCAAUGAUUAUCAAGAAAAUUAUACAGAUGAGAUAGAAUAUUAUUUAUUAGAAAAAAAAAAAUCAGGAGAAAGAAGAUAUUGUAAAUGGUGUUGUAAAUUUAAACCUGAUAGAACUCAUCAUUGCCGUGUUUGCAAGACAUGCAUUUUAAAAAUGGAUCAUCAUUGUCCAUGGAUAUACAAUUGUGUUGGAUGGAAUAAUCACAAAUAUUUUAUGCUUUCAUUAAUUUAUUGCUGUAUUACUAGUAUAUUUGUUUCAAUUACUAUGUUCAAUUCAGUUAAAGAUGCUAUUAAAAAUGUGAAGACACCAUUUAGUGAAAUGUUCCUACUUUUAUUUGGAGAAACUUUAAAUUCAUUUUUAGCUCUAAUUAUAACAUGCUUUUUAUUUUUUCAUAUAUGGCUAAUGAUUAACGCAAUGACAACAAUAGAAUUUUGUGAGAAACAAACAAAUUAUCAAAAUCAAUCCUACUCAAAAUAUUAUAAUAAAGGUUUAUGGGGAAAUUUCAAAGAUGUUUUUGGUGAUUCUCCUUUUUUAUGGUUUCUACCAAUUGAUAAUAGAAAGGGGGAUGGUAUAAAUUUUGUAAAAGGUUAUAAUAGAGGACAUAGUGAAGAAACAACAGAUGAAACAUUACCAAUAAAAGGAAAAUGUUAA